ACACACACACACACACAUGCUUGGGCAGAGAGAUGUGAAGAGGGAGCUCACACACACACACACCUCCUGAUUCAGCUGAACAGAUUUAUUCGUCACCUCACUGCAGCCUCACGCAGCGAGCCUGCUGCAAAACAAGCAAGACAAUCCCGAAACCCCAGCAGCACCUGCCCUGUCCGUCAGCCUGCCUGUCUGUCUGCACAGAUUAACUCUGACUGCGUGCUCACUGGCAUCCACUGCAGCCUGGGAGACAGAGAAGGGAAACGUCAGGCUGAAAUCCACCGGAGAGACGAGCAGCGAAUGUGAAUUAUGGGAAAACUAAAAUGUAACAACUGCAUUGAGGACGGGCCAAUGGAUGAACUGCGGGACAAAUAGAUAACCAAUAAAAGGAAAAGCUCUGUUUCUGUGUCUCUACCUUAGGACCUCCUGUAGGGAGAUGUUCAUCAUUAUGGGAUAGAUGCACAGAUCUGCCCAUUGCCAUGGAUACCAGCACGCGAAAAUUCACAGUGCGGAGAUGGUUUUCCAUCUAUCUGAAGAACAAGGCAGCGAGGAACAAAAACACUGCAGGCUUCUGUCAACUCGAGGAUGACAGUAUCCUUAAGGAGAUUGACAUCAGCCACCAUGUUAAGGAGGGUUGUGAGAAAGCAGACCCCUCUCAGUUCCAGCUGCUUAAAGUGCUGGGACAGGGCUCCUAUGGAAAGGUGUUUUUGGUGAGGAAGAUCAGAGGAGUGGACAGAGGACAGCUGUAUGCCAUGAAGGUCCUGAAGAAAGCCACGCUGAAAGUUCGGGAUCGUGUGCGAUCUAAAAUGGAAAGAGACAUUCUGGCUGAAGUGAACCAUCCAUUUAUAGUUAAACUGCACUAUGCCUUUCAGACAGAAGGAAAGCUUUAUCUGAUCCUAGACUUCCUCAGAGGAGGAGACCUUUUCACUCGUCUGUCAAAGGAGGUCAUGUUUACAGAAGAGGAUGUGAAAUUUUACCUUGCAGAGUUGGCCCUGGCCUUGGACCAUCUACACAGUUUGGGCAUCAUCUACAGGGACCUCAAACCUGAAAAUAUUCUUCUGGAUGAAGAAGGACACAUUAAGAUAACUGACUUUGGAUUAAGUAAGGAGGCCAUCGACCAUGAUAAAAGAGCAUAUUCCUUCUGUGGAACAAUAGAGUACAUGGCUCCAGAAGUCGUAAACAGAAGAGGGCAUACACAAAGUGCUGACUGGUGGUCAUUUGGGGUGCUUAUGUUUGAGAUGUUGACAGGAUCGUUACCAUUCCAAGGAAAAGAUCGUAAGGAAACAAUGGCACUUAUUCUAAAGGCUAAGCUGGGAAUGCCACAGUUCCUCAGUCCUGAAGUGCAAAGUUUAUUAAGAGCACUCUUCAAGAGGAACCCUGCUAAUCGAUUAGGUGCAGGACCAGAUGGAGUGGAAGAAAUAAAGAGACAUCGAUUCUUUGCAUCAAUAGACUGGAAUAAGUUGUACAGGAAGGAAAUGAGGCCUCCAUUCAAACCCACAGUUGGAAGACCUGAAGACACUUUCCAUUUUGACCCUGAGUUCACCUCCAGAACACCCACUGAUUCUCCUGGCAUCCCUCCCAGCGCAAACACACACCAGUUGUUUCGUGGUUUCAGCUUUGUUGCAACUAAUCAAAAUCAGGAGCCUAGUGUUGCUACGGUAGCACCUUCUCGUCAGGAGGUGAACAACAUCAACCCCAUAGCACAGCAUCUCCGUGGUGAUGUGGCCUUCAGCGAUGUCUAUGAGCUUAAGGAGGAAGUUGGACAAACAGCGACUUCUGUCAGCAGAAGAUGUCUGCACAGAGUGACUGCUGUGGAGUAUUCAGUAAAGAUUAUUGAGAGAGUGAGGAAAGAUCCAUCAGAAGAGAUUGAGAUUCUGUUGCGAUACGGACCACAUCCAAAUAUUAUUACCCUGAAGGAUGUGUUUGAUGACGGCCAGUGUGUGUUCCUGGUUCAAGACUUACUGAGAGGUGAAGAGCUGCUGGACAGAGCUCUGACGGUGCCAAAUUUUACAGAGAGAGACGCGUCAGACAUCAUCUGCACACUGACCAAGACUGUGGAAUAUUUACACUCGCAGGGGGUUGUGCAUCGAGACCUGAAGCCUAGUAACAUUCGCUAUUCUGAUGAUAGUGGACUCCCAGAAUGCAUUAGAAUAUGUGAUUUUGGUUUUGCCAAACAGCUCAGGGCAGAGAAUGGCUUACUGAUGACCCCCUGUUACACAGCGACGUUCAUGGCUCCUGAGGUUCUGAGGAAGCAGGGUUAUGAUGCAGCCUGUGACAUCUGGAGCCUGGGGAUCCUGCUCUACACCAUGAUAGCUGGUUUCAGCCCGUUUGCCAGCAGCUCUGAGGACUCAGCAGAGGAAAUUCUGGCCCAAAUCGGCAGCGGGAAAUUCAUUGUCAUAGGAGGGAACUGGGACCUGGUAUCUGAAGCUGCCAAGGACAUUGUGAUCAAGAUGCUCCAUGUGGACCCUCACCAGCGGCUGACUGCCCCACAGGUUCUCCGUCACCCCUGGAUUGUAGACAGAGACCAGCUCUCUGACAGAGUUCUCACCAGACAGGAUGCACACGUUGUCAAGGGGGCACUGUCUGCCACCUACUCUGCUCUGAGGCGCUGUGCUCCUGCUCCGGUCCUGGAGCCUGUUCAGUCCUCCAGCCUGGCUCAGCGGAGAGGGAUGAAGAAACUGGGGAGUCCCAAAGUUAAUGCAGACCCUAAAGAAAAGGAGUAGCCUUAACAAUCUGAAUAAAACUAUAAAAAUAUAUUAAAAAAUAUAUAUUAUUUAAGAAGAUGUGUUUUUUAAAAGCACACACCCCGUUAUAAAGUGCUUGUAAGAAUGUGACAGAUCAGGAAAAUAAAAUCGUAUCCCAAAGAGGCCUAAUUAACUCCAACAAGAAAACAAUCCACCAACACUGGCAUCAGGAUUAGCUUCAGUUCACUCAAUUCAAAGUGUACAUUUUUCUUACAUACACAAUUGAUUGAAAAAACAUUUAUAUUAAUUUAAUUAUAUGGCAACAUUUCUCAUGGUUCAGUCAUGACUUUAAAAUUGGAAUUGGACUGAUCUGAGUGGACAUUUACUUCGUUUUGAUCAAACAAGUCUGAAUAAAGUUAGAGCUUAUUGUGAUAUAAAUAGGCAAAUUGUUACCUGCCUGCUGGAGCUACUAUAUAGAUAUAGUUGCUCCAACAGCUGAAAGUGGAACGAAUUCGUCUGGUGACCAAAAUCAUAAAACAAACAAACAAAAAAAAACAAUAUUCAGUGCCACAAAUGAAAUGCCAAAUAGCCUAGUUUUCAUAUUCAGCACAUACCGUAUAUGUAUGUGAAAAUGAUGUCAUGGACAGCUGUAAUAAUACCGUCUUCCACAGUCAUUACUCUAACAUAUAUUUAUUAAAUAUAUGUUACAUCAUAACAUCUAUUUGAAUGGGACAAUAUCAUUCAGAUUGUACUAUUUUUCCUUAAGUCAAUCUUCUGAAUUCUUAUGCAUGUUAAAAAUGUAAAUAUUCUACCAAAGGGAAUUCUUACUUACAUUAGCAAUGCCAUUGAAGUCUUAUUGUAUCAUAAUAUGCUUAAUAAUUUGCUGUCUUCCAUAAAUGCAGCCUUUAACUCUUAUUAAAUUUAUUGUUAAACGUGUCUCUAUUGCACUUCCCACAUCAGUUGGGACCGUGAGCUAUGAAGGUGUUUGUGUUAAAUGUAGUUUGUUGUGUUUUAUCAUAGCAUAAUUCAAAAUGUUAUUUGGCUUAAGAGUCGUCAUAGAGGCAGGAAAACCUAAAGAGCAUCAGAGCAUUGCUCAAUGGUAAAUGUCACUCUGCAGCCUGUUGUACUUUGUGUUAUUAACUCUGCAUUCAGUGUAAUAGUUCAUCUUUCUGUGUGUGCUUGAGUGUGUCAAGUCGCUGCCAGUAGGCUUCUGUUUGCUGUUGGUGUCUAAAAGCCAAAAUGUUUAAGAACCACUGUGUCACAGAGGAUUGUACAUACUGUCUAUUGCUGCUGCCCUGACUGUGUCUAAUGAGAAGCUGUACAAUCACAAAUAUGAGGUAAGACUGAACAGGGUGUUUUGCAGAUAUGAGUAGCGCACUUUGUGUUGUACAAUUACAGUGUUGUUACCAAUAGGAAUGUAGAUUAUGAUGCUCCACAAUCAACGCACGUACUUACCGGUCAGAGGCAAAACCAAACAUGUUGUGAUGUGUAAUUAAUAAGCACUGUAGCAGCGAUUCAGUAAUUCAGUACAUAUUAAGUUCAGAGGUGGUAAGAGGUGGAGCUGGGACUGAUGCAGCUAUGAAUAUGCAGAUAAAGAUGUAGAUAUUGUGUUGUACAACCAUAAGUUGGAGUUAUAUCUGUAAAUAUUGUUAACUAAUUUAGAUUGUACAUACUGUCAUGCAAAGCCACCAGUAAAGAGGUUAGAUUGUAUAUAUAUAUAGUGUUGUACAACUAUCAUCAAGCAGAAAGACUGUAUAUAUUGUGUUUGCAGAUAUAUUGAGAUUGUACAUAUUAUAUUGUGUUGUGCAUCCAUUGCUCAGAGUGUACAUACUGUCUAUACCUGGCCAAUCACUGAAAUUGUUGGCUAGAACGCCAAAGUUUUACAAAUAAAGGAAAAGAACGGAAACAGCA